UCCACUCUAAAUAAAUGAAAGUCGAGGCUUUCAAUCAUCACCAUCACCAUCUCCAUUCCUCCCUCAGUGCUAUAGCUUAGGCAGCCACCAUGGCCAACCUCCUUAUCUUAAUUCUUUUAGCCCUUUCUACCCUGUCCGGGAAUCUCGCAGGGUUUUUAAGCAUAGAUUGCGGGUCAUCCACUGUUUACAGUGAUGAAGGGUGGAUCGGAGACGAGGCCUAUAUACAGAAUGGAGAGUCCAAACGGGUUCAAUCUGGCAAUUCGUUGUCUCAGGUGAUGGGCACUUUGAGGGUUUUCUCGAGCCGUAACAAGAAUUGUUACUCUCUAGUAGCUAAGAAAGGAGAGAAAGUUCUGGUUCGUGCCAGCUUUUACUAUGGAAAUUAUGACCACAAGUCAUCUCCCCCCACCUUUGCUCUGCAGUUUGAUGGGAACCCUUGGGCCACAGUAGUGACUUCAAGUGAUCUAGUCAUUCACCAUGAAGCUAUAUAUGCCGUAAAGGGAGAUACUACAAGUUACGUAUGUGUUGCUCAGACACAGGCUAAUCAAUUUCCCUUCAUAUCAGCACUUGAAAUGGCAAGCUUGGGAUCAAACAUGUACAGUUCUUUGGAUUCAAACUAUGCUUUGUUUCUGAGAAAGAGGUUUGCUUUCGGUGCAAACGAAAUUAUAAGGUUUCAAAGAGAUGCACAUGAUCGAAAUUGGGUUCCCGGAGUAGCUGUCAAUGGAUUAAUUGCGAUCACAAGUGAUGCACUGGUUUUUGACAGUACCACUGCAAAAGAUGUUCCUCCACAAGCUGUGCUGCAGAACGCAAUAACCACCUUAAGCACGUCGGAGUCCAUAAUUAUUGGAACUAAUCUUCCAGCCGUUGAAGUUCUGAUCUAUAUCAACGCUUACUUUUCUGAAGUUACCACGCUUGAUUCAACCCAGAAGCGAUCCUUGAAGAUCAACCUGGAUGACAAGCCUGUCUCAAAUCCCAUCGUCCCACCCUACCAAAAAGUAGUGGAAGUAACCAUCACCAACCUAACUGCUUCUUCCGAUAAUACCUUGUCCUUGGUGGCUACCUCUGAUUCAACGCUUCCUCCUCUCAUCAAUGCCCUGGAAAUUUUUUCAAUCAGCAAUAAGCUAACUGAUGGGACAGAUAGCAAUGAUGUGGAAUAGUUAGCUUCGCUGCAAGUCCUAUAUCCUAUACUAAGACAAUGGGGUGGCGACCCUUGUCCUCCCUCACCAUUUACAUGGGACUGGGUCAAUUGUAGUACUGAUGCUACACCUCGAGUAACAGCUUUGUAUCUCAGUGGCUUCGAGCUAUAUGGUUCAUUUCCAGAUUUGAGUUCCAUGGAUGCCCUUGAAAUAAUAGAUCUGCACAAUAACAGCUUGGAGGAUGAUAUUCCCGAUUACCUUGGCACCAUGCCCAAUCUAAAACAAUUGAGUUUUUCAUUGCUAAAUUAAGUAUUGUACGUUCUUAAUAUUGAAUAUUCUUUUGUGCUUUUGUUCAGAAAACUAUAUGAUAACUCGAUUAACCAUCCUCUUCUUUCCAGAAAUUUGGCGGAUAAUGAUUUCAGCGGGACUCUGCCCACCUCAAUCUCAAACAAUAAAAACCUAAAACUAAUUGCAACGGGGAAUAAGAACUUGUGCAUCUCUGGAAAGUCAUGUCAGACAAGCGACACCAACACGGGGAAUAAGAACUUGUUCAUCUAUGUAGUCGUGCCCACUUUUCUCUUGGUGUGGAAAUAGAAGCUUAGCAAAGCUGCUAAAUUUUCUAUGGCUAUGCUUGUCACGACCCACAUUCGGAUCAACUCGGAACUUGACCUGCGACCCACGUCAAAGGUUAAAACUAUAACAUGGGAUAUGAUAAAAAAAGAGAUAUUGUAUUAUAUCACGGAUUGAAUAAGUUAUCUUAUUUUAUUUUUUAAUUGUUUUAUUGUUUAUUGUUUA